CCUGAUGACUUUAAACUUGGCACGGUGUGGCCUCAUCUUAAAAACCAAGUUUGGAUACUACAAUACUGCAUGAGUUUAAUGGACAUUUCCAAGAUCUUUUCUCUUCUCCAACCCAAAGAGGAAGAGGAAGAGGACAACAACAACUGUCAGCAGCUAAAUCAAGCUGUCAUUAAUGAUGAUGAAAAACAUCUUGCUGAGCUUCUGUCUCAGGAAAAGUACAAGAGAUGCAUCAAUAACCGAAGCGGCUGGGGGAUCCCCGUCACUCCGCUGCGUACGGCCGCAGCUCACGGACACCUUCAUUGUCUUAAGCUGCUUCUGGCUAAUGGUGCUGAGGUGGACAGCCUGGAUGUCAAAGCCCAAACUCCGCUUUUUACGGCUGUCAGUGCAAAACACUUUGACUGUGUUGUCGCUUUAUUAAAAGCUGGCGCUAACCCUAAUGGAAGCCCGCACAACAACUGUUCCCCUGUGAUGACUGCAGCCAGGGAAGGUGAUGUUGAUAUUCUGAGGGAGCUCUUGAAUCAUGAGGCUGAGAUAGAUGUCAAACCCAAGAUGCCAGAUUUCGCCUUCAAUGCCACGGCCUGCAGAGGGCCUCUAUACAUUUCGGCCGUUUACGGCCAUCUGGAUUGUUUCAAACUGUUGCUGCAGCACGGAGCAAAUCCAGACUACAACUGCACUGAGGAAAAGAUCCUGAGCCGAAUCAAACAACCUAAAACUGUGUUGGAGACGUGUCUCAAAAAUGACUGUGGGCUGGAAUACAUUCAGCUUCUCAUAGACUUUGGAGCAAAUGUCUAUCUACCAUCUUUGUUAAUAGAUGAUGCCACAAGAGAGAAUGAAUCUGUGAUGCUACUGCUCAGGGAAAGAGUUUAUCCAAAAACACUGAUGUCUCAAGCCCGGCAUUCAAUACGAAGAUGUCUUCCUAUGUCCAACAAAAUAUACUACAUAGACAGUCUGGAUAUUCCCCAAAUACUAAGGAACUAUCUGAAUCACAUAUCCUGAUUUUUCUCUAACACAUCUGUGUUACCAUUUCUACUUUUUCAUUUUGUACAAUUUUGUGAUCUUUUUAGGAUGAGUCUAAAUAUGACUACAAUUGCCUUAUUUAUAAUAUUUAUGAAUAUUUAAGUAUUUAUGGAUUUUUGUGUUGAUGUCCGAUGAAUGCAAUAUAUAAAAAUGCUGAUGUUCAUUUGUAUAGUUUCUGUAGUUUGUUAAAUGAUAAUGCAAAACACUUCCUUCUAAUGGUUAAGAUAUUGUAUUAACUUCUGUAUUUAUGAGACUG